UUUCACUUUAUAUUUAUAUAUCAAUCUACAUUGUAAACAAAACAAGGAACAGGGCAGUUUUAAAAAGGGAGAAUGAGGAAAUAUCUUUAUUAGUUGGAUAAAGGAGAAACCUCGGCGAAAGUUGGGGUGCCAAGCGGGUGGAGAUAUAAGAUAUUGAAGAUAAGAAAAUGGCUGAAAAACAGAGCACAAAGUUUCCUUUGGAGUCCAAAGUAUUGCCAAAUCCCAAAGCUCAACCAAUCAUGUCGCUCGUUAUAUCAAAUGUUGGGGGUCCAAAUGCGGGACAGGGAACGGCAAACAAACGGAAAAAAGCGAUUGCUGGAAUACUUGAAACAGUUCAUCCAAACGUUGUUCUGUUUCAGGAGUUUCCUUGGACUGGAAUACGGAGACACUCUACCUGGAAGAAUAUAAAUAUUCCAGCUAAAUAUGAGUAUUUCGGCCACCAAGAAGCCAGUAUUUUAUAUGAUAAAAAUGAAUUAAUUGUCAAAAAACCCAAUCUUACAAGAUUUGUUAGACUGCAUGAAGAGAUGACAAGAAAGGGAAAACUUACUACGGGAUUUUCUCCUCUUGGAAGAAUGUGCAUAUUGGAAAUCAAAACCAAGGGCGUCCCUUUGUCACAUUUUCUCUGUAUCUCAUGGCACGGUUCUCAUAAUUCAAAGAAGGAGACAGAAAUAAUAAACGAAUUAAGAAAUUUACUCGUCUUUAUCGACAAAAUUGCCAAUCAAAUGAAAUUGCCAUUUAUCAUUGCUGGCGAUUUUAAUUUACCGUAUGAAAAGGCAAGCGCAGAGAUCAAUCAACAUACCGUGGCUAUUUAUGAGUAUACGCCCCUGAAAAGAAGAGAGGGCAGACUAAUAGAUUUCUACAUAGCAUCCAAUACGCUACCCUUAGCCGACAUAACGGCCGUCGACUGGGAAACAGUGGAGGGUGGAGAAGGUGCUACAGAGAUAUUUGAUCACGAUCCUGUCGUUGCCACGCUGAUUGCGCACGUUCCAGAUCCUUUGUCAUUUGAAAAACGUAAAUCCACAGGAACGAACAAAUUAUCAGAAUCUGAGGGGAAAUCGAGAAAAUCACAAUCGAAUUAAUAUCUAUUUUAUAUUUCCUUAAAUUAAUAGUUGAACUGUUAUGUAACUUUUGUAAAAGCUGAAAUACUAGUAGCCGUCGAGAAC